AUGACCAGCGAAAAUUUUGACAGUACAUUACUAAAAAAUGUUUAUGAUGAAAUGUGUUUAGUACCGUAUAUUUCGGAAUUAAAGUUAUCGGUCACCAGAACAUCACUAAAUAGAGGAGUAUUAAAAGUUUUUUGUUCUUUGUAUAAUAAAAAUUUGAAAGCUUCAGAAGCCGAAACUGAAACAAAAGAAUUUAUAAUCAUCCCGGAUAUUGAAGUUUUUGCGGGGAAAAAAUAUUACUUGAAUAUGGAAGGAAAUAUACUGAUUUACACGAAUGUUGAAAAUGAAAAUGACCAUUUGGUAUUUAAGCCAUUUAGAGAAAAUUAUCUUGUAAAAAGUUUGUUUGUUAAAAAUAGCCUCGAUGCUCCAAAAGGAUUACUGCAAAUACUUUGUGGCUAUGUGGAAAAAACGAUGGUAUAUUCUACAGAUAUUUAUUUACCUGAGACAAAUAUACGUUGUUUAAAUGAUGAGUUCUGCAACGUCAGAAAUUUUCUUCAAAUGAUUUUUGAAAAGAAAAAAGUUCAAAUCAGUCUUGACGAAUACACUCUUUCAGAUAAUGUUUUAGGUGAAAAACAAAUAUUAAAAAAGCUAUGGACGAAUAAUUUUACUGACACAAUUGAAGUGGAUGUAAAUAUAAAAGAGAAACCAAUUGAUUGCAUAGAAGUUUGUGAAAUAUUCAGUGAUGUCACGGAGUGUAAUGUUUACGCGAUAUCCAGAAGCGUGAUUAAAAAAACAAUAGUAAUAGCAAAAGAAAAAUGUAUCGAUCCUCGUCUAAUUAUAGCCAAUUUAUUUCAAAUAAAAGAUAAAGAAUAUAAAUAUGAAAUUAACAGUAAAGUGGAAGAGUAUAAAACAUUAGAUGACGGAACAUUAGAAAUUAGAAAAAAUCUGAUAAAAAAACGUUACUUGGAUAAUGAUGAAAAAAAUGAAGUAGAAGAAAUAAUUCAAAUAAAAGACGAAUUAAAUUUGGGGUCUGUAAUCCACCUAGAUGUCAAAAUAGAAAACACACACUUAGUAUUUGAACCACACAAUUUCAGAAAUAAAUUUACUAGAAAAGUAAUUAUAAAACCUAAAACAAUCGGAAAAUCAGUUUUAGAAUGUAGACUUUAUCGAUUAAAAACCGAAAGGAAUGAAAAACAAUUUAUAUAUGAUGAUAAACAAACAUUCUCCUUAGUAACCGUCGUUUUAAAAAAAUUUAUUCCUAAUAUCGACUUAGGUGAUUUUGAACUUUUCAGUAAGAAAUCAGACGGAAACAUUAUUUUUAGAAAAGUUGUCCAAAAUCCCAAAAACCUACAUAUUUUUGUAGAAAACAUCGUCGAGUUAAACGUUCAUGAUCUUUCAUACAGUGAUGUUGUUGCUGUCACCAGAUUCUACAAAAUACGAGAAAAUAUAGAAGAUGACAGCUGCGUAAAACUAGAAAUAUACAAGACAAUUCUUCGACCCAAAACACAACUGUCUGCCGAGCCUAUACAGGAUCAGUUGGCAAAGGAGUUUCAAUUGAUAGAUGUGCCAUCUUACGUCAUUCAAGAAAGUGAACCGCAGAGAAAAGAGUUGAGCGACGGUUCUAUCGCGUUUAGCAGGUGCUUUAAAAAAAAGACUGGUAUAACAGAUACUCAGGCUGAUAUAAUUGAAGAAAUAAUCGAAAUUGCUCCUGGAUUCGACGAAACGUCUGCUGAUAAAAUUCACGUCGAAACGGAAAGCAGCGAAGUUGAAGAGGCUAUUGGCCCAAACAGGUUUGCUAAAAAACUCGUGAGGAAAACUGUGUUAAAACCGAUGGUUGAAUCGGACGAAAAUGCAGUAGCAUUGCCUAUUGGCAACAUAGAAUCGUUAUCCUCGGAACUAGUCUUUUUACAAAAGGUAAUUCCUAAUAUCGACUUACGCGAUUUUGAAAUUGGUACGAGCAAACCAGACGGAAGCAAAGUUUUCAAAAAAGUUGUUCAAAACCCCGAUAAACCAGACGUAUUUGUGGAAAACAUCGUCGAGACGAACGUUCCUGGUCUUUCCGACGACGACGUAGAGGUUGUCACUAGGGUCUACAAGAUACGCGAAAACUUGAAUGAUCACGGCUGCGUUAAACGAGAAAUAAAUAAGAAAACUGUAAAACCCAAGAAACAACUGUCUGCCGUGCCUAUACAGGAUCACAGCGAAGUUGAAGAGGCUAUUGGCCCAAACAGGUUUGCUAAAAAACUCGUGAGGAAAACUGUGUUAAAACCGAUGGUUGAAUCGGACGAAAAUGCAGUAGCAUUGCCUAUUGGCAACAUAGAAUCGUUAUCCUCGGAACUAGUCUUUUUACAAAAGGUAAUUCCUAAUAUCGACUUACGCGAUUUUGAAAUUGGUACGAGCAAACCAGACGGAAGCAAAGUUUUCAAAAAAGUUGUUCAAAACCCCGAUAAACCAGACGUAUUUGUGGAAAACAUCGUCGAGACGAACGUUCCUGGUCUUUCCGACGACGACGUAGAGGUUGUCACUAGGGUCUACAAGAUACGCGAAAACUUGAAAGAUGACGGCUGCGUUAAACGAGAAAUAAAUAAGAAAACUGUAAAACCCAAGAAACAACUGUCUGCCGAGCCUAUACAGGAUCAAUUGGCAAAGGAGUUUCAAUUGAUAGAUGUGCCAUCUUACGUCAUUCAAGAAAGUGAACCGCAGAGAAAAGAGUUGAGCGACGGUUCUAUCGCGUUUAGCAGGUGCUUUAAAAAAAAGACUGGUAUAACAGAUACUCAGGCUGAUAUAAUUGAAGAAAUAAUCGAAAUUGCUCCUGGAUUCGACGAAACGUCUGCUGAUAAAAUUCACGUCGAAACGGAAAGCAGCGAAGUUGAAGAGGCUAUUGGCCCAAACAGGUUUGCUAAAAAACUCGUGAGGAAAACUGUGUUAAAACCGAUGGUUGAAUCGGACGAAAAUGCAGUAGCAUUGCCUAUUGGCAACAUAGAAUCGUUAUCCUCGGAACUAGUCUUUUUACAAAAGGUAAUUCCUAAUAUCGACUUACGCGAUUUUGAAAUUGGUACGAGCAAACCAGACGGAAGCAAAGUUUUCAAAAAAGUUGUUCAAAACCCCGAUAAACCAGACGUAUUUGUGGAAAACAUCGUCGAGACGAACGUUCCUGGUCUUUCCGACGACGACGUAGAGGUUGUCACUAGGGUCUACAAGAUACGCGAAAACUUGAAUGAUGACGGCUGCGUUAAACGAGAAAUAAAUAAGAAAACUGUAAAACCCAAGAAACAACUGUCUGCCGAGCCUAUACAGGAUCAGUUGGCAAAGGAGUUUCAAUUGAUAGAUGUGCCAUCUUACGUCAUUCAAGAAAGUGAACCGCAGAGAAAAGAGUUGAGCGACGGUUCUAUCGCGUUUAGCAGGUGCUUUAAAAAAAAGACUGGUAUAACAGAUACUCAGGCUGAUAUAAUUGAAGAAAUAAUCGAAAUUGCUCCUGGAUUCGACGAAACGUCUGCUGAUAAAAUUCACGUCGAAACGGAAAGCAGCGAAGUUGAAGAGGCUAUUGGCCCAAACAGGUUUGCUAAAAAACUCGUGAGGAAAACUGUGUUAAAACCGAUGGUUGAAUCGGACGAAAAUGCAGUAGCAUUGCCUAUUGGCAACAUAGAAUCGUUAUCCUCGGAACUAGUCUUUUUACAAAAGGUAAUUCCUAAUAUCGACUUACGCGAUUUUGAAAUUGGUACGAGCAAACCAGACGGAAGCAAAGUUUUCAAAAAAGUUGUUCAAAACCCCGAUAAACCAGACGUAUUUGUGGAAAACAUCGUCGAGACGAACGUUCCUGGUCUUUCCGACGACGACGUAGAGGUUGUCACUAGGGUCUACAAGAUACGCGAAAACUUGAAAGAUGACGGCUGCGUUAAACGAGAAAUAAAUAAGAAAACUGUAAAACCCAAGAAACAACUGUUUGCCGAGCCUAUACAGGAUCAGCUGGCAAAGGAGUUUCAAUUGAUAGAUGUGCCAUCUUACGUCAUUCAAGAAAUUGAACCGCAGAGAAAAGAGUUGAGCGACGGUUCGGUCGCUUUUAGGAAAUUUUUUAAAAAGAAUCCAUGUUUAAAAGAUUCUCAGGCUGAUAUAAUUGAAGAACUAAUCGUAAUUGCUCCUGGAUUUAACAAUGCUUCCGUCGGUAAGGUUCACGUUGAAACGGAAACCUGCCAAGUUGAUGAACCUCAUGGUCAAAAUUUGAUGUUGAAAAAACUCGUGAAAAAAACAGUAUUGAAACCGAUGUUUGAUGCAGACGAAAAAGUGAUAUCUUUGCUUGAUGAUUAUUCUGGAAUUAGAAAUCUUUUUGUGUCUACUGAUCAAUUUUUCCCUCAGACCAGUCCUUCGUUUGACAGUAUGGUUUUGCGUCAAUAUGAUACUAUUGUUGAUGAAACUGCUGUUAUUCGUCCUAUGUUUGAUUCUAGUUUUCAGAAAAAUCUGUGCACUUUUUUAACUGACGAUUUUGAAACAGAUGAGCAGUGGAGUGUUAUUAACAAUGUUUCUCAUCAUGACAAACGUUUAAAUAAAUUUAGGACGGCUAUGAAGCGAACGAUUGGACCAGAUGGAGAAAUUAUUGAACAGCUUAUCACAGAAGAUUAUUUCUCAGAUAUUUCUAACUCUUCCAGUAAAUCGUCAAGCUUGGAUUCUUUAAUUUUCACUGGAGAGGUUGAAAAUUCAAAUAAUAAUUUUCAUCCAAUCACUGUAUUUACAAAUACAAUAGAAGAAGAUCCUAUUCUGGAAACUGAAACUUCCGAAUAUGAAGAUACUCUGCCCGAUGGAACUUUUGUUUGUCGAAAAAUUGUUAAAACCAACAAAAAACAAACGGUUAUUAAACGUGUUAUAUUGGAAGGCGUUGGGGAAGAUGAACCGUUUCCUGAGCUGUCCGAUGGUGGGCUGGUUCCGUGUUAUUCAAACAACCAACAUUUUACUAGAUAUUUUGAUCAUUCUUCCACCGAUCCUGAAAUUUCCACUGAUGUUCAAGUAAACGAAGAACGGCUAGAGAAUGGUGCACAUGUGCGCAGAAGAGUGACUAAUACUAAGCAACAACUGCUGACGACUGAAAGAUUAGUCGUUGGAGGUAAAGGUUUGUUCAACUCCAACGAAGAAUCUGAGGAUGCAGUUCUAAAUAGCCUUAAAUCCUUAAGCUUGACAAAGACAUCGACAGUUAAUGAAAUUUGCACAAUUUUUUUCAGAAAGACUCAAAAAUAG